UUCCCAUGGAAGUGUAGGAUAUAUCCACGCGGUGUACAGUGUCAAUGGGACACAUACCACCUAGUCGCCUACUGAUAUUGCUCACGGAUGUACCUUGGAUAAAAAGUGUAUAUAGAUCCUGUUGUUUGAUUGGUGAAGUGUCAAUGUUUCUGUGUUAUUUUAUUUUGUCGCCAUCCAGUCUGGUAUGAAGAACUCGAGUGGAGUUUCAUCUAUACUGAAAUUGACACUUGUCUCUUUCGUUUGGUCCUGGUUCGUGCAAGUGAGAAGUCAUGAUGUUCUAAGAUCUGACAGAGCUUCAACGGGAACUGGUCCCCUUGACCAGAUUCCGUCUAAAUCCGAGGAGGGGAGUAUUGUGUUUGAGUGUGAGGAGCUGGACACGCCAUGUUUGAAGGACAAGUAUGGGUAUGACGCCAUCAAAGCACUGCACCAUCUGCUGGAUGACGAUCAGAAUGGGAAUGUGGACCAAUCAGAGAGCGACGAGUUCCUUCGAGAUGAGCUGCAGUACACUGAUGGGUUUGAACGCCAGAAGACAUUCCAUGGCAACGACAAGCUGAUCAGUGUCGAGGAUCUGUGGCGAGGGUGGAAGGGAUCAGAAGUCUACAACUGGACCAACGACGAUGUCCUGGAGUGGCUGGAAUGCCAUGUGGAGUUGCCGCAGUACAUCGAGAUCUUCCACACCAAGCUGGUCGAUGGCACCAGUCUCCCAAGACUGGCUUACAGCAACAGCAACUUCUAUACAACAACCCUGGGAAUCAAGAAUGCUGUUCAUAAACAGAAGAUGUCGGUGAAGGCAAUGGAUGCUGUGCUGUUCGGAGCACCAAAGAAGGCCCACAGCUAUAUGAAGGACAUCGCUCUGGUAGCAUCGCUGAUCAUUGCACUUGGGGGAUGCUGGUUUGCCUACAUCCAUCAUCACUACUCCCAGAACCAUGUGAAGAAGAUGAUGAAGGACCUGGAGUGUUUGCAGAAAGCUGAGGAGGCCCUACAGGAACUGCAGGAAAAACUUGAAAUGGCAGAGGAAAAACAGAACAGUGUCUCCAUAGAGAAACAGAAUCUGGAGGCCAAGUACAAGGACGAGAUCGAUUCAGCCAAGAGCAGAUCCAUGGAGGGAGACAUAUCGAAAGAGGCUGAGAGGUUGAAAGAGGCACGCCAGGGAAACAACAUGGAGGAGAGCCUUAAGCUGGCCGAGGCGGAACUCGCACAGGUGCGGGCCGCGCUCCGUCGCACAGAGAAGGAAUUGGAGCUGCAAGAGCACUGGUCCGUCCCAUCCGAGCUGCAGGCGUGGUUGCAGCUCACACAUGAGUUAGAGCAGGUACACUACAUGGCGAAACGAUCUGCGGCGGAGAAGCAGCUGUCGGUGGCCAAGGAAGGGUGUGAUAAGAUCCGAAAAAGAAAUAAGGCGUUUCUGGGGUCCCUCCGAAUGGCCCAUGGAAACUCACUGGAUGACAUUGACCAAAGAAUACUUAUUGCCAGACAAGCCUUUGAGGAGGUGAAGCAGGACCUACAGGAGCGUCUACAUCGCUGGCAGACCAUCGAGGAGCUGUGUGGUUUCAUUAUCAUGAGCAAUCCCGGCCUGCCCACACUCCGACAGAUACUGCAGAAAGACACAGGUCAAGGAGGUCGCGUGGGGUCGUCCAUCCUGGGCCCAGUAGGUGUGGAGGAAGCAGAUGAGGACCUGCCCCCAGCCUACCCAACUGUUGUACAUUCCACAGUAGCUAAUGGCACAGGUCGUCCGCGUGCUCUUUCAGUUCAAGUGGAGCACAUGUCCUAUAACCCGUCUCUCAGUUCCUUGAAAAGCAGCUCUAUGAAAGCUCCCUAUUCCAGGAGCCUGUAUGAUUUUCUUAAUAAAGCGUAUAACCCUUCCUCCCAAACCAAGGGGAGUCUCCCUCGCCUGCGGUCUGCCGCCAGUUCGGGCAGCACUGGUUCCCUGAGCCGGGUCGGAAUCGGCAACGGUAGCUCCAGACAGUCGGACAGUCCAAGUCCAUCAGACCAUGGGUCCGUCGGCCCAGUGUCUUUCCACCUCGGAGAGAAGACAUUUUUUCACAGCGACUACGCAAAUGGAGAAACAAUGUCAGCCGCGAGGUCGAGAUGGCAACUUUCUUUACGACUUCUCGCCGCGAGAAAAAACUCCCAGCACCACCACCACCAUCCUCACCAUCAUCUUCUUCAUCACGGAGGCCUGAAUGGACAUCUCCUAGCAAAUAGCCCCAUAUCUGAGUCUCCCACGGGAUCUGUGUCGGAGCAAAUCAACUCACUAACUCGAUCAUUUGAAGACCGGGCCUACACAUCGAAAAUCCCCCACUCGCAGUCGUAUCACAAUUCUCUCUCCGACUCGGACUCCAACAUCAGUGGCAUGACUCAGAGUUUGUCCACAUCUGCAUUAAAGAAGAUGGCUGUGAAUGGCGAUGACUCAUCCCGCGAGUCGUCAGAAGACAAGGACAUUGUUAGUGCGGACAGUGAUAAAAAGAAGAGGAAAAAGACAUCCUUCUUCAAGAUGUUGCGGAAAGGCGGAAAUAAAACGAAAGCGUCUUAGCAGAUGUUCUCUUUAUUUAUUGUCCUCGGUACUUUCUUCCUGGCUAGCUUACUUUCAUUCUCAAUGUAUCCGAUUUCUUUUGUUUGAUGUUGUUUCUUAUGACUUACAUUGAAUGAAACGUAUUGCAAAAUCAAAAUCCAUGCUGUACUGCAUUUGUUUAGAGCCAUAUUUUCAGUGGUAUGCAUUUCUUGUUUCUUGAUUGUGUCCUCGGAGGCUGGUUAUGUUGAGCUGGACCAAUGGUACAAUCUUGGUUUGACCUUGAUUUCUUGUAUCUCCUGCUGAACUGAUUUGAUCGGCAGCAGUCGAUCACAUGUGUUGAUGAUCAUUCUUAAUUGUAUUUGUCAAUAGGGCGAAUGAUAUUUUGCUCUCUACCUGCAAUGGAACAGUCUACUUUAGACAGAAGUGACAAGUUCGAGACCCGACACUCCCAGACUUGUACAUAGAAGUUACAUAAUGACACAAGGUGUUUGUGAAACGGAGCACUUUGCACACGGAAGUGGGUACGGAUGAGAAAGUGUUUGGAGGUAUUGUGCAUUCUUGUGAAGCUAUUGUAAUAUGACUAUGAGUGUAUGUGCACACAUAUUCUGGCAGAACUAUAGGUGUACGACCUUAAGCUGUGGACCUCUGGAUGUAAGGUAAACAUUCCAUCAAGGAAUCAUGACUCCUCGAAUUUCUUGUGAAUGCUGUAAUAAAAAAUGGCUUUGAAAAAGAUAGGAAAGUUUUGUAACAUAUUUUGUAAUUUUUAAACAUUUUUUACAAAACUUGAAUGUUGCUAUUUUCACUUCCCAGAUUUAUUAAGGAAUGUUUUGGAUAUAGCAUAAAUCCUUGGAAUUGAAAGAGAUAUUUGAAAUAUAUGAGGCAAAUUAAGCAUGCGGCAGUUGCUGCAGUUUUGUUCUAAUCAGUGUACUGGACAUCUCCAUGUAGCGCAUACAAGUUGUAAGAUAAAGGGCAUUGGUUGGUUACAACUCCAUGUGUGCUGUUGAAUAACUGGGAGUAGGAAUCAGAAAGGUUGCCUGACCUAUUUCAGCCUGAGUGUUUUGUGAUAUAUUCUAUUGAUCAAAGUCCCAUAUUGUGUGAUAUCAGCUUUGCCUUGUCUUUCAUCCAUGAAUGUCACUAACAGUAGUCAACAGUAGUUGUUUAGUACACAGCAGACGAAGACAGUAAUGCAGGGGAAUGAGGAGUAAUGUAGAGUAAUGUAGCUUUAAUAUGGAAUAAAACACAAAGUGUGAUUUAAUUUUGUCCAAAAAUAGUUGAAAUGUGUUUACAUUUGAUUUGAAGUCGCCACUGGUAUAUUCAUGUUUAAAAGGUUUCCAGUGUGUUUCUAGUGUGUUUCUAGAGAUGGCUGAAAGUUUCCUGGACAUCAGUUAAUGUGAUAAAUAUGACGUGACAUCUUCCCGAGGCAAGUGAGUUAACUGACUUUAAAAGUCCAGUUACCACCCUUGCCGAACUAGGCUGGUAUUAUGGAGUUACGUUUUGGCUGGGCUAACGAGUCUAUGCAUAGUCCAAU